UUUAUUUAUAAAUUAAUUGUUUAAUUUUCUAUGAACAAAAUAUAGCAGUACUGCUAUUAAUUUUUAUAAUGUGCACAUAGCUUAGAAUACGGCAGACACGUGCUAUAUCGUGAAAAGUGUGAGGAAAAAGUAACUGACAAAGCAGCCGCCAUCAAUCACGCCUAGGCAUUAAAAAAACAUUUACUGGAAUUAAGAUUAAUCCGCUCGCGCAACGCCAAUGGCAUCGACCGAAGCUAGCAAAAUGCUUGAGGCAGCUUUACAACAAAUGGACGGGAUAAUAUCGAGCACGGCAGCAACCAGUGCUGGCCACCAACCUGGUGCUUCUUUAACGCUUAACGAGCGGAACCUGAUUUCCGCCACAAAUGUUCUUUCGACCGCGAAAACGCUGGCAUUGGCGCUGCAACAGGUGGGAUUGGCUGCCCCAGCACCGGAUCCAGUCACUGCGGCCAUUAUUAGCGACUGGCUGGAGACUCACAUACCGCGUCAAGAUUCUGACGAGCGUAUGCGGCGCUUGCAACGAGACAAGGAGGGGCUGGCGCUGCAAUAUCAAAUGGUGGUGGAGCGCUUGUCCGAGCAAGCGGAUAAAAUAGUUGAGCUGGAGGGCCUUCUAACAGAGAAGACGCAGCAGCUAUGCAGCAAGGAUGAGCAAUUGCAGCGCCAAAUGAUAUCCAAAUCUGCGCUAGAAACUCAAAAACUCGAGCUUAUGAGUGCCUUAAGCGAACUAAAGCUGCAUCGCACAGCACUGGAGCGUGAAAAUGAAUUGCAUGCCAACGACGGUGGCGGCAUUCCUUAUGGUAGCAUGGGCAACAUCAAUCAGAAGGCUUUCGUGUGCGCAAUGGUUCCGAAAACACCGCCCUCGGCGCUCCGGCAUCAGAUAAAGCCACGAUUUCAUAGCUUGCCACGCUCACAUGGCGCCGCGGGCAAGCAGGCGCUGCGACAGUCAGGCGAUCUGCACAACCACAAUAAUCGCGCCUUGGAUGUGAAUGCUAAUAGUAGUGGAAUGCAGCGCAAUGUAGCGUUUGCAUCAAACGAACAAAUAUUAAUCCCUCUGGGUGACAGUACAGCGCAGAACGAGGAUGCUAUGUACUCCAGUUUUAUAUCACAGACGCAAUCCACGCCCUCACCCAAAUUGCGUCCUAUCCUAGGUUUUCGUUUUUUGGAUAACUUUUUACGUCGAAGCAAUAGCAGUAGUUGUGAAUUGACUGCUUUGGAACAAGCGGAGCCGGAAUUUCGUCGUGGAGGUUCCCGCGCCACUACAGGCGGACGCAUCGAGUGGAGCGCACAGACGCCAUUGUUUAGCGAUGCUAGUAAGCACUACAGCACCUGGGAUGCCCAAGAAGUGUGCAACUGGUUGUCUUAUAUGGGUUUGGGAUGCUACGAAGAGAAUUGUCGAAAGUGGCUUAAGGCUAAUCCCACGGUUUCGUUUUUCUCAUCAUCACCCGUUGAUAUUGAGCGCGAACUUCAUCUUAAGUUGCCGCUGCAUCGAAAGAAAAUUAAGCUGGCGAUUGACGACAUCACAGGCAAGGAGUUCGAUGAGCUCACAAUAAAGGCCGCCAACCUGGAUGUGGGCUGGGUGCUGCGUUGGUUGGAUGACAUCGGUCUUCCCCAGUACAAGGAUCAUUUUCUGCAGGCCAAGGUGGAUGGACGGAUGCUGCAUCGUUUGACGCUGGAGGACUUGACGCAGCUGCAAGUGAGCUCAUGUCUGCACAUCGCAUCAUUACGCUGUGGCAUUCAGUGUAUGCGUCGUAUGAAUUGGAAUGCUGAAAGCCUAAUUCGACGCUCAACGAAAGAGAUAUUGAACGAUAGUAACGAUGAAGAUGAUAGCAAAGACAGUGACAGCGUGGAACUUUGGACGGCACAUCGUGUCAUGGAGUGGUUGCGUGUUGUGGACCUCUCGGAAUAUGCCCCCAAUUUGCGGGGGGCAGGCGUUCAUGGCGCAUUAAUGCUAUACGAGCCGCGCUUUAAUGCCAAUUUGUUGGCCGACCUGCUGUCCAUACCGCCAAGCAAAUCGUUGCUGCGACGCCAUCUGGCCACGCAUUUUAAGGAGCUCGUUGGACGCACCAUUAUACAUGGCAAGCGUGACGCUGAGGCCGAACCAGGCUACCAACCAUUAACGAUUGCAGCAAAACUAAAGCCGCCAAAGCGCGCACAAUUCACUCUGAAGAGGCGAAAGAGCACGAAGGGCCAAAAUGAAGUAGACUGGACGGAAUAUGUGUGUCCCAUGAAUACGGGGGCUGUUGGCCCGACCCCAGUCGGCGAACACGAGGACUCGAUAAGCUCCAACAAAUCGGUGCAAAGCGCUAACUAAGAUCGCUUCGCAUUGAGCCAAUUUCAAUGAAGGUAUUCAGAGAGACUGAACACCAAAAAUAUUGUUGAAUUAGUUUUAAGUGGAAGAACCAAGUGAACUGCCCCCAAUACGAAGCAAGCAAACAAACAAACAAACAAUCAACCAAACCAACAGUGCUGACAAUAUCAACCAAGAAUUUAUAUCUAAACCAAACUUCAACUAAAUGAAAUGCAAAUUUUUGUUUGCAACAUACAUAUAAACAAAUUGUCUAUUAAGGUCGAAAGUUUUCUUUUUUAUGUGACUUUCGAAAACAUACUUGUACUUCAACAUACCUUUUUUUAAAAAAAAAUGUAAACCCAAUAUCAAAUUUAUUAAAUUUGGUACAAUUAGCGACAUGAAGCACACAUAGCGUCUUCCAAAGCUAAAUUAAUAAUUAAAAUAUUAAUGAGAACUGAAGCAUUUGCAAAAGCAUUUGCAAGAUAACAACAAUAACACCCCUUAUCUUGUCGAGCAAUUCGAAAGCUAAUGGCUAAUUUUGAAUUUGAUUUUUUUGUACUAACACUUAAAUGUAUUAACAUCUAUUUUUGAAAGCUAUGAAUAUUGCGCCUUAUAUAUAACAAAACGUAUGACUUUAGAAGCGUAUUUAAUAUACACCUGUUCAUGAUACUACAUA